UCUACAUCUCUCUUAACUUCCUCCCUUCCUACAACUUUGCCGUGAGAAUAUUGAGUGUGAUUUUUCUGCUUAUUUUCUUGUCAUUUCUCACUUCUCUCUGCCUGUAAUCCAUUUUUCCAGUAACUGAAUCUGAUUCAACGGUUGAAACUGAGUUAUUGAGGACUUUACUGUUCGGAGUACUCGAUUUAUAGCAACUGGUUUUUUUACGAUGGCAUUAAGCACCCAAAGAGCCUCUGCAUCUUUUGUUUCGAAUGAAUCCGCUCCUCGAUGGAAGUAUGAUGUGUUUUUGAGAUUUAGAGGUCUAGACACCCGCAAGGGUUUUGUAUCUCAUUUAUACCAUGAAUUGUGCAAGUGCCAAGGAAUUACAACUUUCUUUGACGAUCGAGAGCUUGAAGGAGGAACAAGUAUUCAUCUUGAGCUCCCGAGUGCAAUCAAGGAAUCACAUAUUGCAAUCGUUGUUCUCUCACCAAACUACGCUUCUUCCAAAUGGUGCUUGAAUGAACUUACAACCAUUCUUCAAUGCAUGGAAGCCAGGAACACAGUUCUGCCAGUCUUUUAUGAGACAGAUCCAUCUGACGUUGGAAAUCAGAGGGGGUCUUUUGCCAAAGCCUUCGAUGAGCAUGAAGAAAAGUUCAUUAGUACCCAAGACAAGAUGAAGGUGACCCAGUGGAGAGAAGCUCUGAAAAAAGUAUCCAAAUUUUCUGGGUGGCAUUCGAAGGAAUCUAAGUGUGAAAGUGAGCUUAUUGAAAAAAUCGUCCAAAGCGUGUGGAGGAAAGUGCAAGCUACAUUCACGUUGUUAGAUUCUUCACAGAAAUUUGUUGGGGUUAAUUUUAGGCUAGAGCAACUAAGUUCGCUAUUAGCUCAUGAGGCCAAUGAUGUUCGCUUUAUAGGGAUAACGGGGAUGGGUGGCAUAGGUAAGACAACCCUUGCUAAGCUAGUUUAUGAUAGAAUCUUCCAUCAUUUUGAAGUUCAUUCCUUCCUUGGCAACAUUAGAGAGGUUUCUAAAAAACACCGUACUCUAAUUGGUCUUCAAGAAAGACUUCUUUCUCCGAUGUUGAAGGAAAAGGUUAAAGAAAUUUGGGAUGAAGAGUGCGGAAUCAUUUUCAUUAAGAAGUGUUUACGCAAUAAAAAGGUUCUUCUCGUACUUGAUGAUGUGGAUGAUUUAAAACAACUAGAAGUACUGGCCGGAAAUCAAAGUUGGUUUGGUAUGGGAAGUAGAAUUGUGAUUACGACUAGAAAUGAAGGGUUGCUAGUCCAACAUGGUAUAGCAGCAUCAUAUAAGAUGCAGGGGUUGAAUGACUGCGAAGCACUUGAGCUCUUUAGUCUGAAUGUUAGGAAAGAACAACCCGAGCAAGAAUUUUUGAAACUCACUAACCAUUUCCUAGAAUAUGCUAGAGGCCUUCCACUAGUUCUUAAAACAUUAGGGUCUUUUUUGCAUACGAGAGGUCAGGAUGCAUGGAAGAGUGUGUUGGAUAAUAUUCAUACAGUUCCUAAUCCAACAAUUUUCAAUACACUCAAAAUCAGUUAUGACGGACUAGAGGAUAUGGAGAAGAGAGUUUUUCUCGAUGUUGCAUGUUUCCACAAAGGGAAGUGCAUGAAGCAAGUUAUUCCAAUACUAGACAAUUCUUUUGAAGUUUCUAGUAGUAUUAUGAUCGAUCUACUAAUUGAGAAAUCUCUCUUAACUGUUGAAAAACGCAUCCAAUAUGAUAAUUUAGCCAAGUACUUCAUAGGGAUGCAUGAUUUGAUACAAGAAAUGGCAUGGACAAUUGUUGGUCAAGAGUCUAAAGAGCCCGGUCUACGGAGUAGGUUGUGGCUUCCGGAUGACAUUUUGCAUAUAUUCACGACCAAUACGGGAACGAGAGCUAUUGAAGGUAUAGGAUUACAGCUACCUGAAAUAGAAAAGGUGCACUGGAGUUGUGAAGCCUUCUCUAAUAUGCAUGGAUUGAGGUUUCUAGAAUUGGACAAUUUGAUCAUUUCUUCAAGUCCCAAGUUUCUUCCAUGUUCUUUGAGAAUUAUAAUUUGGAGUUGGUAUCCUUCCAAGUCUCUUCCACCAAGCUUUCACCCUCGUUUCCUUAC